ACAUCUUUCUUUUCUCCAUCAACAACUACUACUCUACAACCAAGCAACACUCAACCCAACCAACCCCAAACAACCAACCCAACCUUCAUAAUGGAGACUGUCAAGAACGCCGCCAACUACGUCGCUGAGACCGUUCAGGGCGCCGGUGCCACCGCUUCCAAGGAGGCCAACAAGGAGGUCGCCAAGGACAACAACGCCAGCCUCGGCACUCGUCUCUCCGCCGGCAAGGAUGCCGUCGGUGACAAGUUCGACGAGACCAAGCACAACACCCAGGCUGAUGUCCACAAGGAGUCUGCCAAGCACUAAGCAACUCCUCUUCACGAUGAUGAUACCCCUACCCUCCAUCAGGGCGGCAAUGGUCACGAAGGCGUAAUGGAACUUUUGGAAUGAGGGAGCGAUUGAGCACGAGCACACAGUCUGAGGACAAGAUCCUAGAUAGUUUACCCGCAAUUCAUACACUUCCCACAAUUG